AAACACAUGAGCAGUAACAAGUUUUAAUCUCGCCCCUCAGUCCUAACAUGGGCUAAUCUGUGGAGGCAGCUUACUCCAGUGUCACCCAGGGUGCCGCCACAUCAGGCUCCAACGAGGGCGUUUUUCUUUUGAACAUAACACCUUCUCAUCUCUUCUCCUCAAACAGCACCUGAGAGCAGGGGCAUUCCGGAGAAGCAGUACACGGUGGGAACUUCUCUCAAGAGGCUGACUCUCUUUUUACAAGUCCAAGGCUGGCCCCUCACCAGGCGACAUGAAGGGGUGUGUGCUCCUAGUGCUCUUGGCUUUGUGCUCCGCCAAGCCCUUAUUUCACCCUUCAUAUGUGACACUGAAGAACAUGAUGCUGAAGGACAUGGAAGACGAAGGGGACAGUGACCUUGAUGCGGACAACUCUCUUUUUCCAACAAGAGAGCCAAUUAACCCCUUCUUCCCGUUCGAUCUGUUCCCAACGUGUCCAUUUGGAUGCCAGUGCUACUCGAGAGUUGUACACUGCUCUGAUCUAGGUUUGUCCUCCGUCCCAAGCAACAUUCCAUUUGAUACUCAGAUGGUUGACCUUCAAAACAAUAAAAUUAAGGAAAUCAAAGAAAAUGAUUUUAAAGGACUCACCUCACUUUAUGCUUUGAUUCUGAACAACAAUAAGCUAACAAAGAUCCACCCAAAAGCCUUUCUAACUACAAAGAAGUUGAGAAGGCUGUACCUGUCCCACAAUCAACUAAGCGAAAUACCAUUUAAUCUUCCCAAAUCGCUAGCAGAACUCAGAAUUCAUGAUAAUAAAGUUAAGAAAAUACAAAAGGAGACAUUCAAAGGAAUGAAUACUUUACAUGUUCUAGAAAUGAGUGCAAACCCUCUCGAUAAUAAUGGGAUUGAACCGGGGGCAUUUGAAGGAGUGACAGUAUUCCAUAUCAGAAUCGCAGAAGCAAAACUGACCUCAAUUCCUAAAGAACUUCCAUCAACUUUACUGGAGCUUCAUUUAGACUAUAAUAAAAUUUCAACCGUGGAACUCGAGGAUUUUAAACGAUACAAAGACCUGCAAAGGCUGGGCCUAGGAAACAACAGAAUCACUGACAUUGAAAACGGAAGUCUUGCUAACAUACCACGAGUGAGAGAAAUACACUUGGAAAACAACAAACUAAAAAAAAUCCCUUCAGGAUUACAGGAGUUGAAAUAUCUCCAGAUAAUCUUUCUUCACUCUAAUUCAAUUACAAAAGUGGGAGUGAAUGACUUCUGCCCAACAGUACCGAAGAUGAAGAAAUCUUUAUACAGUGCGAUAAGUCUGUUCAACAACCCGGUGAGGUACUGGGAAGUGCAGCCCGCGGCUUUUCGCUGUGUUGUAGGCAGAAUGAGCGUGCAGCUCGGGAACUUCAGAAAGUAGUAAUUAGUAAUAUCCAUUUAAUAUAAAAUUUAGAAAUUAAUACAUUUGGAAUACUUGAACUCUGUUAAAAAUGGUGGUAUUAUGCAAAUCAGCAAAAACCUAUUCCUACAUGGUAAGUCCCCUGACUUACUUUAUGACAAAAAAUUUCAACAGAAUUUUGCAAAACUAUUGCUCCAUGAGGAUCAAGAAAAACAAGCACGUACUGCAGUUUCCUUCUGUACACAAAUGAUUCUGCAUAAAUCUCAUGCUUGAACAUUCUUUUCUCAGUAACAAAAAAAUAAUACAAUCAGUAUUUAACACUUUGUUAUCAAGUGCAUUUUAAAAAGAACUGUACUGUAAAUGGAAUGCUUGACUUAGCAAAAUCUGUGCUCUUUCGUUUGCUGUUAGCAAACCAAAAUUGACAAGAAUGGCUUCAUGGAGAGCACAUUAUACUAUUCUUAAACUUUCUUUAAUAACUUGGGUGGUACUGUAAUGUUUCUAUUAAUGCUGAAGUAUGGUUUUAUAUAAUCUUAUUCAAAUUCCCAUAUUUUAGAGGCUUACUGUCUAUAUGUUUAAACUAACUCCUUAUAAUAAAGCCUUCAGUGUUUAUUAUCAACUUGACAGAUGCUAUUCAUAACAUCUGGUUUCAGACUACAGCACAUGCUUUUUAAAAUUAAUGAUUAUUACCGCAUUAUAAAACCUCUACGAAAAAGCAAAGUGUUUACAUAAAUCUGUAAUUCACAUUGUUUAUUAUCUCAGUUAUUAUAAGCUUUCAACAAUAUGUCAAUUGUUGCGCUAUAUGACAAUGUCACCUUGUAUGUAAGGAGUACUUUCAAGAUGUCCCUUCUAAGACCUCAGUUGGAAGAGCCUAGAUGGGUACUGUCCAUUCUAUAAAAACUGUCUAUUCAAAUAUGACAAACUGAACAACUCUGAAAACACAGCUGGUAUAAAUGAACAGGCAGAAUAGUAAACAAAACACAAAGGAACCAAAAGCUCUGCGUAAAAGAAUCCUUUAUCUAUUUUUUAUUCACAUUCAACAUAGGCAAAACUAGAAAAUAAAAAAAAUUAAAAUAUUGGCUUCAAGUAAAA